AUGUGGGCGGAGGUGAUCAAGAAAGAGAACGCCACAAUCGGUGUGCCCCACCGGUUCUUCCUCAACCCCAACAAGUUGGUAUUCAUCGCUAGGAAGCCUACGGAGGUUGAUCCGAGGACGUACGAGGCGGACUCUUUGUCGACAGGGCAUCAAGGCUCCCUUGAGUCGCCUUCGCGCAUCAGACUGGCAGAGGAGGGCGAUAAGAGCGACGAAGCCACCCUUGACGCGAGUAGUGCUAAACUAUGGAAAACGGAAUCCCAGCGAUGGGGCAGCUUUUACGCUAAGAAGAGACCACCGGGGGUGGAUCCCUUUAGCUCGCAGAGAAGCUGCUGGAGGAAACCACGUUCGAAAUGCGACGUCACAGAAUAUGGAGACAGGUACUGCGAGAUGACGGGGGUCAGCCCCUACGCUAAGAAGAACUUGGACUCUGCGACCAAACCCUGAAAAAAUCUGCCGUGUGAGUAGUAGGCUGGCGGGUGCGUAAGUUUCCUCGAUUUGCGCGGGGGCCAAUCGAACAGCACGGCACUUCAAGGCCGCGAGGGAAAGUAUACCGGACCACCACUGUAAAACAUUGCAACAUUACACUGUGAUGAUGCACGCCUUCUUUUCGGGGCAAUGUUCGAUAUUCUCUUGGUACGGCUACAAGAUAAGCAUGGUGCCAGAUGGCCUACACGUACCUAGCUGUGCAGUCAUGGCCCCCGGGAAACGGCCGAUGGGCACAAGAGUAGUGUCGAGUUUGAAUGAACAAGAUUCAUGUGGGGCACGAAAGGGGCGAUUCACUUGGCGCAGGGGGCGAGCAGUUUGUGUCACGAACGAAAUACGGGGAACAUUGAACAGGGAAUCGU